AUGGCUUUCGCCAAUUUUCGUCGCAUCCUGCGCCUGUCUACCUUCGAGAAGAGAAAGUCCCGCGAAUAUGAGCACGUCCGCCGGGACGUGGACCCCAACGAAGUGUGGGAGAUCGUGGGCGAGCUGGGCGACGGCGCCUUCGGAAAGGUUUACAAGGCCAAGAACAAGGAGACGGGUGCCUUGGCUGCCGCCAAAGUAAUUGAGACCAAGAGUGAGGAGGAGCUUGAGGACUACACGGUGGAGAUCGACAUCCUCGCCACCUGCGACCACCCCUACAUCGUGAAGCUCCUGGGAGCCUACUACUAUGACGGGAAGCUGUGGAUCAUGAUCGAGUUCUGUCCUGGGGGAGCUGUGGAUGCCAUCAUGCUGGAGCUGGACAGAGGCCUCACCGAGCCCCAGAUUCAGGUGGUUUGCCGCCAGAUGCUGGAAGCCCUCAACUUUCUGCACGGCAAGAGGAUCAUCCACCGGGAUCUGAAAGCUGGCAAUGUGCUGAUGACCCUCGAGGGAGACAUCAGGCUGGCUGACUUUGGUGUGUCUGCCAAGAAUCUGAAAACUCUGCAGAAACGAGAUUCCUUCAUAGGAACGCCUUACUGGAUGGCCCCCGAGGUGGUGAUGUGUGAGACCAUGAAGGACACCCCGUAUGACUACAAAGCUGACAUCUGGUCCCUGGGCAUCACUCUGAUUGAGAUGGCCCAGAUCGAACCCCCGCACCAUGAGCUCAACCCCAUGCGGGUCCUGCUCAAGAUUGCCAAGUCGGAUCCCCCCACUCUGCUCACGCCUUCUAAGUGGUCUGUGGAGUUCCGAGACUUCCUGAAGGUGGCCCUAGAUAAGAACCCAGAGACCCGGCCCAAUGCUGCGCAGCUUCUGGAGCAUCCCUUCGUCAGCAGUGUCACCAGUAACAAGGCUCUGCGGGAGCUGGUGGCUGAGGCCAAGGCCGAAGUGAUGGAGGAGAUCGAAGAUGGCCGCGAGGAGGGGGAAGAGGAGGACUCCAUUGAUGCCGCGUCUCCUCUGGGGAACCAUACUCGAGACUCUUCUGAGGUGAGUCAGCUGAGUCUCAAUACCGACAAGCUUCUCAAAGAAUCAUCUUUCACCUCACUGCCGCCCAGCCAGCCCCAGGACAACGUGAAUGGGGCCAGCCAGCCCUCUGGGGACAGAUCCCCCCAAAGCGCCAGCCCCCCGGACGUGGCUCCUGGAGACGAGAAUGGCCUGGCAGUGCCAGCACCUCUCCGGAAGUCCCGGCCAGUGUCCAUGGAUGCCAGAAUUCAGGUUUCCGGGGAGAAGCAAGUUGCUGACCAGGGCGGGGACCUCAGUCCAGCAGCCAACAGGUCCCAAAAAGCCAUCCAGAGCCGUCCCAACAGCAGCGCCCUGGAGACCUUGGUUGCCGAGAAGCUGGCCAAUGGCAGCCUGGAGCUCCCCACCCAGGCAGCUCUGGGCCCUUCCAAGAGGGACUCGGACUGUGGCAGCCUGUCCACCAACCAGAGCGUGGACUACAGCACCUCCCUCUCAGCCGACCUGUCCCUAAACAGAGAAACAGGCUCUCUGUCCGUCAAGGACUCAAGGCUGCACAACAAAACCCUCAAGAGGACACGCAAGUUUGUGGUGGAUGGCGUAGAGGUGAGCAUCACCACCUCCAAGAUCAUCAGCGAGGAUGAGAAGAAGGAUGAGGAGAUGCGAUUUCUCAGGCGCCAGGAGCUCCGAGAGCUUCGGCUGCUCCAGAAAGAAGAACACCGGAACCAGACCCAGCUGAGCAGCAAGCAUGAGCUGCAGCUGGAGCAGAUGCAUAAGCGUUUUGAACAAGAAAUCAACGCCAAGAAGAAGUUCUUUGACACCGAGCUGGAGAACCUGGAACGCCAGCAGAAGCAGCAGGUGGAGAAGAUGGAGCAAGACCAUGCCGUGCGCCGCCGGGAGGAGGCCAGGCGGAUCCGCCUGGAGCAGGAUCGGGACUAUGCCAAGUUCCAGGAGCAGCUCAAACUGAUGAAGAAGGAGGUGAAGAACGAGGUGGAGAGGCUUCCGAGGCAGCAGCGGAAGGAGAGCAUGAAGCAGAAAAUGGAGGAGCACGCACAAAAGAAGCAGCUUCUCGACCGGGACUUCCUGGCCAAGCAGAAGGAGGACCUGGAACUGGCGAUGAAGAAGAUCACUGCGGACAACAGGCGGGAGAUCUGUGACAAGGAGCGCGAGUGUCUCACCAGGAAGCAGGAACUCCUUCGAGACCGGGAGGCAGCCCUGUGGGAAAUGGAGGAGCAUCACCUACAGGAGAGGCACCAGCUGGUGAAGCAGCAGCUCAAAGACCAGUACUUCCUCCAGAGGCAUGAGCUGGUGCGCAAGCAUGAGAAGGAGCGGGAGCAGAUGCAACGCUACAACCAGCGCAUGGUGGAGCAGCUGAAGGUACGGCAGCAGCAGGAGAAAGCACGGCUGCCCAAGAUUCAGAGGAGCGAGGGCAAGACGCGCAUGGCCAUGUACAAGAAGAGCCUCCACAUCAAUGGCGCGGGCAGUGCCUCUGAGCAGCGCGAGAAGAUCAAGCAGUUCUCCCAGCAAGAGGAGAAAAGGCAGAAGUCGGAGCGGCUACAGCAGCAGCAAAAGCAUGAGAACCAGAUGCGGGACAUGGUGGCACAGUGUGACAGCAACAUGAGCGAGCUGCAGCAGCUACAGAAUGAAAAGUGUCACCUCCUGGUAGAACAUGAAACCCAGAAGCUGAAGGCCCUAGAUGAGAGCCAUAAUCAGAACCUGAAGGAAUGGCGGGACAAGCUUCGGCCACGCAAAAAGCGAAUGAAGGAAACCGUCAACAAGAUGAAAAGGCCUCAUUCCAUGAGACACGGUAUUAGUGAAAUUAAUGAGGCCAGUGAAUAA